AUCAGAGCAAUAUCCCUCUUGCAUUCAUUUCAAGUGUAAAGAAACUUUAUUCUUUAGUGAUGCAAAGCAGAAAAUAAAUGACGAGACUAUGGCGAAACAACCCAUGGAGCACAUCAAGAGACCAAUGAAUGCCUUCAUGGUUUGGUCCCGAGGUCAGAGAAGACAGAUGGCAGUGGAGAACCCAAAGAUGCACAACUCCGAGAUCAGCAAGAGACUCGGCGUCGAGUGGAAAUUGCUCUCCGAGUCUGAAAAAAGACCGUACAUCGACGAGGCCAAAAGACUGCGCGCGCAACACAUGAGAGAGCAUCCCGACUACAAAUAUCGACCACGACGCAAACCCAAGAGCCUGAAGGACAGGGUUUUCAUUGUACCACACCACGACGGUGGAGACUUUCAAAAGACAUCACCCGGGGUCACUCUGGCUCCUACAGACAAGCAACGAGCUCUCCAUUUAGCUGCGUCCAUGGAACCGAACCGGACCAAUGUGACUGCUUCUCAAAACGAUCAACUUUUCCCACAUGUUUUAACACCUGGUUCGUUUCCUUUCUCUCAGGUUUUAGGAUAUCAGAGUGAACACAGGUCCACUGGGAGUCUGGGAUAUCCCGAGCAGCACGCGCACCUGUCACCUGCAAACCCGGGAUACCUGCUGUCAUGUAACUGUUCUCCGUGGUCCCCCAGUUUGACGCAUUCAGUUGCCUACAUAGUUUUUCCAGGUAUGACUGCCAUAAACCCUGGAGCGCCGCUGAAUCCAUGAGUUAAAUAUUAAGGAUCCAAUAACAUAACAACGUACAAUGAACGGUAUCUUUUUAAUAAUACAAAUAAUUGUUUGUUUAAAUUAGUUCAUUGCCGCGUUAACAGAUACAACGUUUCAUUUUAAAAAUAUCAAAUGUUAACAAUAAUGUUGCAGAUAUGGUUCAUAAUGAGGGUUACCGAGUAUUUUAAUAUUGUGCACAACAUGUUUAAAUGCACGUUUU